GCAUAAUUUAUCUUAAGACUGUCCGAAUUUUGAGACCCAGUUAAGAUUUAUCAUGAACAAAAUUACAUGUAUUUGAUCAUUUGGCUAUCCGAUUGAUGGACAUUUAUUGGACGGUAACAAUUUUUUUUUUUUUUUUUAAGUCCUAUGGUGCAGCUUCAACAAACAGGUGUCCAAGAUGAGGGGUUAGGAUUUAUUUUUUUAACCAAUCUUUUUUCUUUUUCUUUUUCUUUUCCUAUUUUUGUGAUCAUUACUUAUAGAUAGUGGGUUCCCAAUUAGUCUGUUUACGUUGAGUUGUGUAUGCCACAUGUACUGUUUUCAGAGUGCAUGCGUAUCAAUCAUCCUACACUCCAGAGCAUCAAAUAACAGCCCCUUAAUUAAAAACCCCACCGUUCCUCUUCCUUUUUCUUCCUGAAAAGGCCUAUCUUAAGGAGCUCAUCGCCCACUCUCUCUCUCUCUAGCUAAAAGAGAAAGAAUGUAUGGAGAUGAGGAAGAAGCUCUGUUCCAUAGCUACCCACAUGCAAUGUACUUCGUGCAGAGCCCAUCAACAGUCUCCCACGCCAACAGCACUGACUGCAGGAAUCCAGACUCUGCUUUUCUCUCUCCCUUCAAUCCUACCCCUUCCAACCCCAACCCUACCCCGAACAACCCCAACACCUCCAUCUCCACCGUUCAUUGCCCAGAAGUAUCCCGUUUCACCCUCUCCCGCUACUCAUCAUCCCGAGGCUCCAACAACUCCUUCCUUCAUGAUAAGAAGAUCCCCUACGAUCUCCGCAGCCAUGGUAACGGUGCAGAUAGCGUUGAUAACCGUAUGAUCGACGGCCCGGAUGAGGAGGAAGGCGACGAUGAUGAGGGUGGCGAUGGGAGAGAUGGAAUUUUCCCAUCAGGCGGCGGAGGCGGCCCCCGUCGCCGGCCUUCUUCUUCUUUGUUGUGCGUUUGUUUUCAGAUAAUGUGGAGGAUGAUGGUGAGCUUGGGAGUCGCAAUGCUUGUAUUCUUCCUUUUCACAAAACCUCCUCCUCCCAAGAUGUCUGUUCAGAUGGCAGGAAUUCGACAGUUUGGGCUUGGAGAAGGGACAGACAACUCUGGAGUGGUCACUAAAAUCCUAACCAGCAAUUGCUCCCUGGAUUUAGAGAUAGAGAACAGAUCAAAGUUCUUUGGACUUCAUCUCCGCCCGCCUACUAUCGAUAUUGCCUUCGGACGCCUCACUUUCGCAACUUCACUAGGGCCAGCAUUGUACGUGGAAGCUGAUAGUUUGGAGACAUUUCGGCUAUACGUGGGGACGAAAAACAAGGCGAUGUACGGCGCAGGACGGGACAUGCAAGACAUGCUGGAAUCAGGGAAGGGGCUGCCGUUGAUUAUUCGUGUGAGGCUGAGGUCCAGCAUCCGAGUCAUUUGGAACAUCGUUAGACCACGGUACCGACACCACGCAGAGUGUCUCCUGGUCCUUGGUGGCACGUACGAUCGCCGACAUCAUUCGCACGCCUACAAUAGCACUUGCACAACCAGCUCGUAAUAUAAACGCCAUUUUUCUCCUUUUCUGCCGGAAAGAAUUUUUGUUUUCCUGUACGAAACUAUGAAUACAUUAUGCCUUAAGGUUGUUUUGAUUAUA